AUGGCUUCCAAACUACGGAUUCUUGUGCCCGUCAAGAGGGUCAUUGACUAUGCGGUCAAGCCCCGCGUCAACAAAGCCAUGACGGCCGUCGAAACCGCCGGCGUCAAGCACUCCAUGAACCCCUUUGACGAGCUCUCCGUCGAAGAAUCCGUCCGCAUCCGCGAGAAGAAGCGCUUCCCCGGUGGUGUCGAGGACAUCUGCGCCAUCUCGGCGGGACCACCCAAGGCCGCCGAUGUCCUGCGCACAGCCAUGGCCAUGGGCGCUGACCGUGCGAUCCACGUGGAGCUCAAGGAUGGCGAGGAGAUGGAGCCCCUGACUGUCGCCAAGAUGCUCAAGGCGGCGGCCGAGCGCGAGAAGAGCAACCUGGUGAUCCUGGGCAAGCAGAGCAUCGAUGAUGACGCUGCGCAGACCGGCCAGAUGCUGGCGGGGCUCCUUGGCUGGCCCCAGGCCACGCAGGCGAGCAAGGUCGAGUUUGGAGAGAACAACUCCAUCACGGUGACCAAGGAGGUCGAUGGUGGCGUGGAGACGGUGAAAGCGAAGCUGCCCAUGGUCGUGACCACCGAUCUGCGAUUGAACGAGCCCCGCUACGCGAGCUUACCGAACAUUAUGAAGGCCAAGAAGAAGAAGCUGGACAAGGUCGGGCUGGGAGACUUUGGGUUGACGAACGAGCCUAGGCUCAAGGUGCUCAAGGUCACUGAGCCAGCGCCCAGGCAAGGCGGUGGUAAGGUGGAAGAUGUUGACGGGCUGGUGGCCAAGCUCAAGGAGCUGGGGGCACUGUAA